AUGGCGACUCUGGCGGAGAAGCUUGAGAAGAUCAAGUCUCCCAAGCUGCAGAACCAGCACCAUACUGCUGUGGUGCUCUCUGCAGUUGAGGAUACCCUUCGUGAUCAAAAGGCAGACUUCUCACCAACCGCUUAUUUUGCCGCUCUUCUUGCACUUCUCUCUCAGUCAUUGUCGGCUUCGCAAGGUAUCGUCAAUAAGGACCUAGCCACAUCCGUCGUCUACCUUCUCGAUAUCACAACCGUCUACGUCCCCGCUCCAAUCCUUUGCGCCAAAUUCUCACAGAUCCUCGAAAGCCUUGCACCUGCGCUCUCUCUGCCCGAGGUUGAAGCCCCACUUCUGCGUCCCUCCAUUGGUUGCCUCGAGUCUCUGCUCAUCGCUCAGGAUGCCGCCUCAUGGAACCUCCCCCACACACAGGUCGGCCCGCGCCGCGCGAUGGCUGGUCUGCUGAGUCUUUCGGUUGAUCACCGCCCUAAGGUGCGCAAGCGUGCCCAGGAGGCUCUCGUCAAGGUCCUCAAGGCGCCCCCGCCAAGCCCAUCUCUGGACCACCCUGGUGCCGAUAUGUGUGCUCAGUCUGCGAUGAAGACUCUGGGUGAUAGCAUUACCGCCGCGCACAAGCAGAAGAAGGGUCGCCACGAUUCCCAGGCUAACAACCACGAGCCCCUUAUCAUCCACUCAUUGCAGUUGGUCAAGACCAUUGCUUCGGCAUCCGGUGGUUGGCCCAGCAAGAAGAUUGAGCCUCUCAGUGAGCUCCUGAUGAACGCAUCCCGCUCCAGCAACGAGUACAUCACCAUGGGUGCUUUCGAGGUAUUCGAGGUCAUUUUCGAGGGAAUGGCGGACGAGUUUUCCUCUUCAAAGCUGCCUCCUGCUCCCCCCUGGAUUGCGGUUCUGUCACGCGGUUACGACGUGGCUGCGCAAAUCACCCCCGAGGAUACUUUCGAGAAGCUGCCCGAUCUCUUCGCCCUUAUCUCCGGAUUCAUGGCUUCGCCUUCCAGCAACAUUCGCGUCUCCGCGUCUGAGUGUCUGAUCUCUUUCCUGCACAACUGUAUUCCCAACAGCGUCAUUGUGGAGCCUUCUGUCUAUGAUGAGAAGACCUUGGAGAAGCUGGCUCGUGCGGCCGUUGAACUGCUUUCCGUGAAAUUCCAGGCUGCUUGGAGAGAAGUGUUCAAUGUCUGCUCGGCUUUGUUCGAUUGCUUCAAGUGGCGAUCAAGCCCUUACCUUGUCAAGAUCGUCAGCACAGUUGGUGAGCUCCGCAGUAACGGAGGCUUCCACGGCAAGAAGGAAGCCGACGCUGUCCUUGGUAGUGCCAUCGAGGCAAUGGGCCCCGAGGCAGUUUUGGAGAUCCUUCCCCUGAACAUUGUCGAUCAAAAGGCUGGCCAGCCCGGUCGUGUUUGGAUGUUGCCCAUUAUGCGCGACAGCGUAACUAACACCAACCUUCGCCACUUCCGUACCGAACUUGUUCCUCUUAGCGAGACACUUUACCAGAAGGUCGUGAGCUUCGGUGCUGCUGAGAAGUCCGUGGAAGUGAAGAUCUUUGAAACCCUAGUCCAACAAACUUGGGGCACUCUCCCUGGCUACUGCGAGCUUCCGCUUGAUCUCGUGGAGGCAUUCGACCAGAGCUUCGCUGAGCUGCUGUCCAAUGUCCUCUACAAGCAGACUGAACUGCGCGUUGAUGUCUGCCGUGCCUUGCAGAACCUGGUCGAGUCUAACCAGGCUAUUCUGUCUGUUGAGAGUGAAGAGGAUGAUCUCAUUCUGCAACGUCGUAUCACCAAGGCUGCUGCACAGAAGAACCUUGCUCAUCUCGGCGGUCUUGCGAGCAACCUACUGGCUGUUUUGUUCAACGUCUACAGUCAGACUCUUCCCCACUACCGGGGCUACAUUCUGCAGUGUAUUAAUGCGUACUUGAGCAUUACUCCUGAAAAUGAGCUCAACGAAACUUUCAGCCGUGUUACUUCCAUGCUUGAGUCUUCUUUGGCCACCGAGCAAGAGACAUCAGCCAAGGGUGCUCAGCCCCAAGGCUCAGCCGACAAGAUGCCGCCCACUUCCCACACAUUGAUUGACCUGGUUAUCGCCAUGUCCAUCUACCUCCCCCGCUCCAGCUUCAGUGGUCUGUUCGCCAUGGCGGCUGCUAUUCUCAACAGCUCAUCUGCCAACCCGGAUCAGCAACUCAUCAAGAAGGCCUACAAGCUGAUUCCCCGUCUUGCAUCGACUGAGACCGGUCGGGAAGCUCUCCAAGAGCGCAGUGGAGAGUUGCAGACUCUCAUGCUUGCCACUACUGACAGCACCCCUGCAUCUGGCCGUCGUGACCGUAUGCUUGCUAUCUCCGAGUUGAUCAAUCACCUGCCCACCUCAGAUUUGCAUUUCAUUCCGGCAAUCCUGUCGGAAGUCGUGUUGGGCUGCAAGGAGAGCAACGAGAAGACACGCACCGCAGCCUUCGAUCUGUUGAUUCUGUUGGCUAAGCGCACAAUCGACUCAGAGCGCAAUCCCCCUGGCACUGUCAUCCGUCGAUCGCUUGUUCCCGGCGUGCCGGACGACUCGCCCGAUGCCCCCGCCACACUCGAGGAAUUCUUCACCAUGCUCUCUGCCGGUCUUGCUGGCUCGGCGCCUCACAUGGUCGCAGCAUCUGUCACAGCGCUUUCUAGGCUGUUUUUCGACUUCCAGACACAGCUCCAGCCCGAGAUGCUCACCGAGAUUGUCGAGACCGUCGAGCUCUUCCUUACCUCCAACAACCGUGAAAUUGUCCGCUCCGUUCUUGGCUUCGUCAAGGUGGCGGUUGUUGUUCUCCCCGAUGACACCCUUCGGCCCCGUCUCGCCUCUCUCGUCCCCAACCUCAUGGCUUGGAACAAGGAGCACAAGGGCCGUCUUCGCAGCAAGGUCAAGGGCAUCAUCGACCGCCUCGUGCGCCGCUUCGGUGCUCCCCUCCUGGAGGCCAUCGUCGGCGAGGAAGACCGCAAGCUUGUCGUCAAUAUCCGCAAAGCCCGUGAGCGCAGCAAGCGCAAGAAGAAGGAAGGUGCCGAGGAUGAGGACGACGAAGGCGAGGAGAAGGCCACCAAGCCCCAAUCCGGUAACGCCUUCGACAAGGCCGUGUAUGGCUCCGACUCCGACUCUUCGGACGGCUCCGAUGACGGCGACAGCGAUGUCGAAGUCGACGACCAAGCCCGCAUCAAGGGCCGCGGCGGCAAGAAGAAGGGACAGAGCACCCAGUACAUCCGCGAGAUGUCUCCUGAAGACAACCCGCUUGAUCUGCUCGGGUCCAAUGCUCUGGCCAGCAUCUCUACCACCAAACCCAGUCAACGCUUCCUCAACACAGGCCCCGGCUCAAAGAAGAAGCACGCUGCCAAAUUUGAUGCUGACGGCCGACUUAUCCUCGGUGCGGAUGGUGAUGUCGUUACUGACGAUGUUGAGAUGUCCGGUGCCGGUGACGGCGGUGUCAACGCCUACCUUGCUGCCGUGAGCGGUCCCGACGCUGUCCGUCGUGGCCAGGGUGGUAAGGUGAAGAUGGGCCAGGCCCGCAAGAAGAAUGCCGGCGACAGCAUGGAUGUCGAUGACGAGGACCUGAAGCAGGACCUGCGCGCUUCCGGUGGCGGUCAGAGCUCUGGUCGUCGUGGUCUCGGUGCUCCCAAGCAAUCUGGUUCUGGAGGUGGUCGUAUCGAGAAGCGCCGCAGUCUUGGCAAGGCUCCCAGGGGUGGUGGUAACCGCUCGGGAUGGGGUAAGAAGAGGUAA